UCGCGGCGGCUGCGGGCCACGGGGGUGGCUUUCGGUGUGCGCGACCGGGACCGAAGGGAAGGAAGAGGAAGCGCGCGCGUCCACGCGGCACCAGCGCGCUAGCCGCCACGCUAUGGCUAGUCCUCGGAUAUCCUUUAUCGGAGAUGUCACUUUGUGUCGGCGACGUGCGACGCUAGGCGCGAUCGGUCACGCCUCGGCGCCUUGGCGGCGGCUUAACGAUAUAAGUGGAUAAAGUGGUCGACGGGUCCACAAGAGGAGUCGCACGGAGGCACCUCGUAGCUCGCGAACGGAUUUUUCCUUGUUUUUGGUUGCCACCUGAUUUCGGUCCUUUUCCCGAUCACGAGCACGCAGUUCUUGUUACAAUCGCCGGCAUAUCGUGAGGACGCGACGGAUCAGAGCUACAUAAUUAACUGCGUGAUCGCGUAAACUCACCCCCGCGACUUCUUGUCAGAAACCAGCGACUCGGCAUGCCGCACUGAACGUGUCUCGCGCUCUAGAAGACGACGAGCUUCAUAGAUCUCUCUCUCCUUGUCUCUGUCUGUUUCUCUCUCUCUCUCUCUCUCUCUCUCUCUCUCUCUCUCUCUCUCUCUCUCUCUCUCUUUCUGUCUUUCAUCGAGACGAAAUCAAGAAAGAUCCGCGGUUUGCCCUACGAAGUCCGACUCCUACGAUGCGAACGGAACCGCGCCGCGCUGUUGGAGAACAAGGCUAGAGCUGGGAAUAGACAGCUCGCUGCUCACUGGCGCAUCUCCGUGGACAGGUCGCCCCGAAGGGGAUCACUCAGCGGCCGAGCUCGCCGGGUCAUCACCGAUACGUUCCAUCACGAGCUGCUCGUAACAUGGUAGAGAGCACUUAUGCGAGCGACUCGCCACGAUCACGCUCUCCCAUGACGGAGCCGUCGAGUCCGCUGCACGAUGGUCCCGGUAUAUCCGGCUACAACCACAGCUACCUGUACAGCUACUCGCCCGAGAGCUUCCAGCAGAAGCUGAAGAACGCCGACGGCGUGCAGAAUCACGUGUCGCCGGCGGCGAGGCGCAACGACGCCGUCGCCGAUGCGCCGCACGUCGACCGCACGUACUCCAGGAGUCCGAUCGGCGGCACGGAGGAGGUAACCCGACACGCUGGCAACCGCGAGACCUCGCGACCAGGCUCCUCCGCCACCAUGUCGUCCCCCACCUCGCUCUUCACCAUCGACAGCAUUCUGGCGCCGAGGCCGAUCGGCAAUGUCGUCAGCCCGACGAGCACCAGCAGCGUCGGCAACUCCGGGGUCAUCCAGACACCGGAGACGAUCGAGUCGGCCGGCCGCACCGCGGCGAUGCAUCCGUUGCAACAGCAGCUGCACCACUUGGCGUUCACCUCGGCGGACUUUCUCGCCGCUGCAUAUCCAGGACUCUAUCCCGGAGGAUACGUUGCCGCGAUGGCCGCCGCCGGGGUCUCCCUUCAUGGACAGCCGGCUUUCUAUCACGCCGGCCACCAUUAUCAAAUCAAUCCCAACAAUCCGGGAAUGGGCCCGAUGGCGAAGAGGAAACGUCGCCACCGAACGAUAUUUACCGAGGAACAACUGGAGCAAUUAGAGGCCACCUUCGACAAAACGCACUAUCCCGACGUGCUACUGCGAGAACAAUUGGCCCUCCAAGUCGACCUUAAGGAGGAGAGGAUCGAGGUGUGGUUCAAGAAUCGCCGCGCCAAGUGGCGGAAGCAGAAGCGCGAGGAGCAGGAUCGUCUGCGGAAGCUGCAACUGGAGCAGCGUCAACGCAACGACGACGGCGGCGGCGGCGGCGGCGGCGGCGCCGCGGCGACUGUGAUGGUGAACGACCGUUUGAGCCUGAGCAGGCAGCAGCAGCAGAAGCUCGAGCAGGACACGGACAGUUCCGAUCUCGAGGUGGCGUAGUCGCGGCCAGAUGAGUGGGCGAGUCCUUUCAUCGACAGUCGACGGGCAGGAGGAGGAGAAGCAGAUGCUCGAGGACGAUGGGAUGGGCGGCCCGACGCUUUCGCGCUCUCCUCGACCACGGGGCAUGUAUAUACGUAAUUCACUUGUAAAUAUUAUUGUAAAUAUGAGUAACGAUGGAUGUGUACAAUACCGAAAUAAAUUAUUGCAUCGAAGUA